CUCCGUUUCAAGCCUCACGUGUUUCAUUUAAGUCAUGUUUAAAAGAGGCCGUUUUAUGUCCACAAAAUCCUUUUGAGUCUGUCCUCAGGAUUCACUAUUUAUAAAUACGUGCAUCAUAUGGCGAAACUUAUCACUACAAAUUCACGCAGGAAUUAUAGAAGCUAUUACCGUAGAUUUCAGCCAUGGCCGCUUCAACAACGACUACCGACGUGUUUUUGUCUGGAAAGUACAAGACUGUGCUUAUAGACACAUCGUCUUCCGGUCUCGCGAAUCCACCUCCAAAGCCUCUUCUGAUCGGAUCUCCGGCUGAAGUUGCCGGAGAAUUCCCUGUUAUGGUGUUUCUCCAUGGUUAUUUGAUGGAAACUUCCUUCUACUCGCAGCUCAUCCAACAUAUUUCUUCUCAUGGCUAUAUCAUGGUUGCUCCUCAGCUUUACAAGUGUGCCGGGUGUGACAGCACCGAUGAUAUCAACGCUGCAGCCGAGACCACGAACUGGCUGUCCCAAGGCCUCGCCGCCGCCCUCCCGCCCCAGGUCAGCGCGAACCUCGCCAAGCUCGUCCUCGCUGGCCACAGCCGUGGAGGCAAAGACGCCUUUGCCCUCGCCCUCGGCAAAUCAUGGACGCCGCUCACCCUGUCCUUCUCGGCCUUGCUCGGCAUCGAUCCCGUCGACGGCUUGGCCUUGUGCUGCUGUAAAUUCCAGACCAAACCACCCGUCCUCACCGAAGGCCCACAGUCCUUCGACCUGAACAUGCCCGUGAUGGUCGUCGGGUCGGGCCUGGGAGAGGACAAGAAGUACAAGUUCUUCCCGGCGUGCGCGCCGAAGGGGCUGAACCACGUGAAGUUUUACGAGAAGUGCCGGUCGCCUGCUUGGCACUUCGUCGCGAAAGACUACGGCCACAUGGACAUGGUGGAUGACGUCACCAAUGGGAUAGGAGUGGCGCUCACGUGCACGUGCGAGAGCGGGAGCUCGAGGGAGCCCAUGAGGAGGUUCGUGGGAGGGGCGGCGGUGGCGUUCUUGAGGGCCUACUUGGGAGGUGACGAUCGAGAUCUCAUGGCCUUGCAGGACACGCCCGACAUUGCUCCCGUGCAGAUCACGGUUGAGGCUUGCCUGUGAAAAAUUGGUCGGGUGAAGAUUUUCUGGGAACUGUCGGUUGAUGUGUUUUGUCUUCUUUGGAGCUGGACAAGCCACCGAACGCUUUGUGGGGGGCAUCAUAACUGUUUGAAAUGUCCUUCAUGCUUGCCCAAGGUUUUUGUGUAAUCAUUUAUUUAUAAAUCAUCGAUUAUAUUGUUUAUCAAAAUAAA